AUGGAGUCACUAAAUGCAGCAUUUGAUAAGUUCAGGUAUGUUAGACGAGUAAAAUCUGAUAUGCCAGGGGGUAUUCUUGAAGUUGUUGAAGCUGAGAUCAAUAUAAUUGAUACGAGUAAGAGUAAAAAGAGAAGAAGAGAUGGUGCCAAUGAGAGUAGUAGAUACGGAUGUGGAAGUGAAAAUAUGGACUUACCACAGUGGAAUGAUCUCUCCCUUAAUGCUUUGACAGGAAACAUUCUACUUGAAAUUACCCUUUUCAAAGGGCUAGCAAUGCUCAAUCUUUCACAUAAUGCUUUAUCAGGUGAGAUCCCCAGUAAUAUAGGAGACAUGAUCGAUUUGCAAUCACUAGAUCUUAGUUUCAACAGAUUGAGUGGAAAAAUCCCAGACUCCGUAAAUUUAUUGGACUCUCUUGGUUAUAUGAACUUGUCGUAUAACAAUUUCAGUGGAAAAAUUCCAGCAGGGACACGAUUUGAUAUUUUGUAUGGGGAUGGUUCAGCUUAUAUUGGGAAUGAACAGUUAUGUGGUGCUGGAAAUUUGAUCAACUGUAAUGACAAGACUUCUUCCUCUAGUGAAGACACCACAGGUGUGGAGGAUAGUAGAGACAGGUUAUUGUUCAUUGGAGUUGUAGUCAGUGGCUAUGUAGUUAGUUUCUUCGGAUAUUUUGGGGUUCUUUGUUUAAAAGGAGAGCAGCAUAGGAAGAGAUACUGGAAAGUCAUUGAAAAGAUUGCCUUCAAAAUUGUCAACUUCAUGCAAGGAAAGGAAAAUUUGUAG